UGUCUACAACCCAGCGGUUGUGGAAAGAAGUGUAAAAAAUUACCCUAACUGUUUAUGUAAACUCUAAAUACAUAUGAAAUAUGUCAUACGACGUUAUAUUGUGCUAAAAGCAAACAUACGAAAUACCAGGCUCUGCACAAAACUCUGGAGGGCGUAUCAGGAAAUGCGCGACCACAACAGGUAGAAAGGAGGAAGAAAGUCCUCGAAACAGCGUUUAUUUUUUUCCGGCGGCUUGAUGUUUUGGGGCGUUUUAAACUGUCCUCAGUUGUGUUGCAUUUGAGCUGAUGACUCGAUUGCCUGGCGGUCUUGAUGGGGCGUUGGACACUGCUUAUCUCGUUCCUCCACCUUAUCCUGCAUGUGAGCAGCAGCUCGGAAUUACCUGUUCAGACUGUGGAUGUGAAACACACCGUUAUCCUACAUUGUAACGGGACCGUAAGCAAGGACACUCGUCCCCAGGAGUAUGAUGUCGAAUGGAAGACUGAGAAAAACAUCCUGGUCGCGCACUACCAGCAGGGGGAGCUCACAGCAGGAGAAUGGUUCAAGGGCAGAGUCAGCAUCUCCGAGGAUGACAUCGGGGUUGGAAACUUCUCCCUCACAAUCAGCCCUGUGGAAUACAGUGAUGGAGAUCUUUAUAUGUGCUUCUGGAGGAGAAAACAUAUUUGUGAUGUCAAACUAGAGGUCCUUGUGCCCUCAAUGGUAUCUGCACAGCUUGGGGAACCUGCCACACUCCCCUGUUAUGUCCAGGUGGAUAAAACGCAAAAGAGCAACGUUGAUACUGCUCACUGGAAGAAAGAUGGAGAGACUGUCCUGGACUUUCAGUCUGGGCUGUUCAAUAAAAGCUCUGGAUGUGAGAACAGAUGUAGCAUGUCAGUAGACAAGAUUAAAUAUGGUGACCUGUCUCUGACCAUCCCUGAAGUGCGUUAUUCAGAUCGAGGAACCUAUCAAUGCUUCACUGAUAAAACUGUAAAACCUGAGGAAAUCAUCCUCACUACUGAAGGAAACAAAAGGCCAUGGGUGCUGCUGCUGGGGGUGCUGCUGCUGGGGGUGCUGCUGCUGGGGGUGAUGGUGGGGUGCCUGCUGAAGGGGCUGCUGCUGGGGGGGCUGGUGGGGGUGAAGAGAUGGUUCUGCCAUACCCAAAUGGAGCCAGUCUCACAGCACAGUACAGCGGAGGACUCUGAACCCCCGAGAGAGAUGGCGUCCCUGGCGCCUGGUCAGCCUGUGCAGGAGAAUGGAGAAGAGGAGCAGCUGAGAGCCCCUGUCUGUGAGAGCGGAGACACCGAAGACAAGCGCGGCCCUCAGCCCUGGAAUGAUGACUUUUGUAUUUAGCUCUCAUUGUAAGAAAGUUUGGGCACCGCUGACCUAAAACCCCACCCAUGAGCAGGAGUGACAGCCCACACUGACUCCCAAUGAGAGAUCUGAACAAACCAAACAGAGAUCAGCCUCAGCUGACCUACUCACCCUUCGUGUGGCUAUUCACACAGAAUUUAGCCAAAUGCAAACUGGAACCGGUUUUAAUGGCCGCUGAGAGACUACCCGGCCAUCGUAUGAGUAUUCCCUCCAAGCCAGCUGCAAGGCCCAACUUUCUUAUACUCAGCUAAAAAAAUCAAUUUCAUUAUUAAUUGGUGUUACCUAAUUGAUUUUAAGAGUUUUAACUGUACGUUUCUCUCGAGAUACUUGGAGGGUGGGCGGCACCCCUGUGCCCCACAUUAAUGAUGCUCCUCUGGAUGAUGAAGCGGGGGGGUGAUAUUUGCUUACUCAGAAUGUUCCAAGUCUGUCUCUGAAACACUGGGCAAGCCCAGUCUUACAUGCUGCCAGAGACCGUCUUGUAAGUGCCUGAUAACCCAGCAGAUUUCCACAUGCAUCCUUGAGCCAAAAUACGUGGACCACAUCAGGAACUUCACUGAAAUGCUUCCAGUUUGAAGUGGGCCAGUGCCUUGGUCCAUACAGAUGCAGCCACCUCAAUUUUCCCCUCCAAGCCGGCUGCCUGCUGGCUGCCUGCCAAAAGCCAGCCAAAGGCAGUAACCCCCCUCCUUCUGGGGGUGUGCCUAAAAUCUCGUCUAAACCCGCCCAUUUACUCACUUGCAGGGUGUUACCGUGAGAUGGCGCUUUCAUAAAAAAAACAUUUUAGUUGUGGUCACAAGUUUACAUACACAAGUACAACAGGUAUCAACCAGAAUCUUUUGGUAGCCAUUAGCAAGCCUCUGGCAUAAUUCUGGCUGAAUGUUUGACCACUCUUCUUUGCAGAAUUUCUAGUUCAUUUAAAUUAGUUGGGUUCCUGGCACAGACCUGGCUUUUCAGCAUAACCCACAACUGUUUUGAAGCUUGGCAUCCUGAUCGGGAGUGACAAUUUACAUAAAAACAUAAGAACAUAAGAAAUUUACAAACGAGAGGAGGCCAUUCGGCCCAUCAAGUUCGUUUGAGGAGAACUUAACUAACAGCUCAGCAACUAAUAGCUAACUAAUUUGUUGUUCUAAUAUUCAUUUAUUGUUUUGUAUUAUUCCUGUAAUAUAAUGUAAUUGCACAUUUUAUACAUCAACAUUAAUCUGUUCUGCGAUGGGCUGGCCACCAAUCCUGGGUUAUUCCCUGCCUCGUGCCCAUUGCUUCCGGGAUAGGCUCCGGACCCCCCGCGACCCAAUAGGAUAAGCGAUUUGGAAAAUGGAUGGAUGGAUGGACAUUAAUCUGUUGCAUGUUAUAAACUUUAAAAAGGCUAGUAUUGUGUCUUUUCUUACAGUUUUUUUCAAUUGGUAACAGUACCGCAGAUUCUACUCUCUAUUCUACUAUGUAUCUCUUCACAUACAUGAUCCAUCCUUGGCAUUGCUCUGGAUAAAUAUCUUGGCAUACAGCAUUCAUUGUUUGAUCUUGUGUCAAUUGACAUAAUUUGUUUAUUUUAUGUGGUUUUUACAAUCUAUUUUAGAAAGGGUCUUGAUAGUAAUUUAGCAAAAUGACAUUUCAGUUUGGACUGUUUUACUAGCAGUUUUAGGGUCAGUAUGUACUUAUGUGCAAAAUGGCCUCUGAAAAUGUAAUGUGAAUGAGACAGGAAUCCAUGACUUUUGAAUCAUUUAGUUAUUGAUUGCAUUUUGUAUGAAAGCAAAGCAUAAUGCUUAACAGUUUAGCCCACAUAAGCUAAUGUUGUGGUGACUGGAAGAGUUUUGAGAAAGCAACUUCAGUAUUGCAGUAUCUGUCUUAGCAAUUGAAGAAAACUGUAAAAUUCACACUGCCUUUCCAAACUGAUUAGUGUGAGGAGCAGUGACAAACAUUCCAGACUGAUGGGCCAUUGACAGUAUGCAAAGGUGUGGUGACUCCAAAGUCACUUCAAAGUUGUAGCACUUUAGUAAUCAAACCUCAUACAAUUCUUUGAAUGUCUCAUUCACCUUUGUGUAGCCAGCCCCUAUGUCUAUAAGCUUCAGAGCUCAAAAGUCUUGGCUAGAAAUGUUUAUAAUGUGAUUUUUUUACAUUUUGUCAGCACCACUGAAAAUAGGUUUUUGUUUAAAGUAGAUUUUAACAAAAAGAAUAAUCACAUUCAAAAUGAUCUCAGAUUAUUGGUGCUGAGUUUGUGCUGAAUAAAAGCAUUUACAGCACUUUGGGAUAAAUGUUGUUUAGAUAAGUGAAAUAUUUUACAGUUUUUCUGAAUUGCUGAAAUAUUAAAAAUCAUUUUGGGAACAAAACUGCA